AUGCUCAUUGCACCUCUACCACCGUCCAAUAUCUUACCCAAGGACCAAAGGGAAACCACAGAGACAACCCCACCCGCCCAAUCAUGGCCAACCCCCGAGUCCAUCAAACAGAUCUUUAUCCAGCGAAUCUCCGAAAGCGCCAGGAAAGCCUACCUGGCUGCACCCCCACCCCCAGCACCAGCACCCGACCUCUCACGCACCCACUUCGGCGAGUUUGGCGGUCAAUUCGCCCUCGAGCUCCAGGUCGAGCCGCUGCAUGACCUCGCCGCCGCCUUCCAGUCCAUCAUCACCGACGAGUCCUUCUGUCAGGAAUACCUCGCCUACACGGCCUUCUGUCCGACGCCCUUGCACCUGGCCAAGAACCUCACCCACCGCGCCGGAGGCGCCACGAUCUGGUUGAAGCGCGAGGACCGCAACCCCUACCGCGGCAGCCACUGCGUGCGUAGUAUGAUCGGGCAGAUCCUGUUCGCGAAGCGCCUCGGCAUGCGCGAGAUCGUGACGGAUUGCGGAUCUGCGUGCCAUGGGGUUGCGUGUGCGAGUCUCUGCGCUGCCCUCGGUCUGCAGUGUACCGUGUUCAUAGGCGUCGAUGACGCGGCGCGGCAGUGCGCCGGCGUCCAGGAGAUGCAGCGGCUCGGGGCGAACAUCGUGCCUGCGGAAACCGCCUCCGGGUGUCGCACGCUCAAGGCUGCAGUGAACUCGGCGCUCGCGCACUCGCUCACGGACCAGUCUUCGAUCUACUAUGUCAUGGGGGGUCCUAUCGGUGCGCACCCCCUCCCUGUAAUUAACCGGACCUUCCAGAAGUUAUUAGGCGAGGAGGUCAAGAUUCAGCUUGCGCGGUUGAUGGGGCGGGAAGGGGACAGCGCAUCGCCGGAUGCGCUGAUCAGUCCGUUGGAGAUGGGCGGCGCGGCGACGGGCCUGUUCUAUGCGUUUGUGGAAGAGGACGAAGUGCGGUUGGUGUGCGUGGAGGCGGAGGGGGCAGCACCGUUGGCUCAUGGCAGUGUGGGUGUCUUGCAUGGCUGUCGAACGCUGGUGCUGCAGGAUGAGAAUGGCCAGAUCCAGCCGUCGGAGGCGAUUGCGCCGGAUAUGAACUUCCCUAGUGUUGGACCGGAGGUGGCACAUUGGAAGAGUAUUGGCAGGGUGGAAGGAAAGACAGCUUCGGAUGAGGAGGCGAUGGAGGGGCUGAGGAUUUUGGCUGAAGAGGAGCAGGUCACGGCGGGUUUGAAUACCGGGUAUGCGGUGGGAGAGACGAUGCGAUUGGCGAAGGAGUUGGGACCAGGACAGAACGUGGUGUUGCUGGUGACGGGCAAGGACGAUAUCCAUUGA